AUGCGAGUCGCCUCACUUGUGAUCGCAGCGUUUGUGGCCGCGAGCGGUGCUCAGAACAUCGGCCCUGGUCCAUACAGCGUGGACGCUAUUCAAGCGUUGUACGGUGCCUCCGUCGUAUCACAGUGCACAACUGGUUGUAGUGUUCUAUCGAGCAAUACCAACCUGUCGGCAAGCAAUGGCUGUCAAGCAUCCCUAUGCUGUGAAUCGAGCUUCAUUCAAAACUACCGUAACUGCCUCGAAUGCAUAAGUGAGCUUCUCGACGGCUCCAGUACCACCACCAGUACGAAAAGCGCAGUUAACCUCUCCCCAACUAAUUCCCCUGCGACUGGCACUGGCGUCGUCUCGGUACCCCCUGCCAGUAGUGUGAUCAGCCCCACUAGCCCCUUCUCUGGUUCUCAUAGCACUACAUCAGUGGGUGCGACGCCCUCGUCCACGAAUAGCGCGGUCAGAACCACUGUUGGCCAGGCUUACAGUGGUAUCGCGACAGUGCUUGCAUGGGCUAUUCUCCAAAUGAUGUGA